AUGGCCGAGACCUGCAACCCUCGCCGUCUCCCAUGGCUCAUCAAGUCUUGCAUCCCCGAUCCUCGCCGUGAAGCCGCCAAACUCCCAUCGGGAACUCGUCCUCCGCCCACCGUCACCUCCACCGCUGCAUCUCCAUCGAUCUCGUCCCUCCCCGACGAUCUCCUUCUCGAGAUCCUCUCCCGAGUUCCCCAACCCUCGAUCCCAUCCCUCUCCCUCGUCUGCCGCCGCUUUGCUCUCCUCCUCGACUCCCCGUCCUUUUACGCCCUCCGCCGCUCCCACGGCCUUCUCCGCCCUGCUCUUCACGCCCUUUCUUUCGCCGCUGCCGCCAUCGCAGGUCGCAUCUACGUCGCCGGUGGCGCCGCCCGAUCCUCCGCCGUGGAAGAGUACGAUCCCGACCUCGACUCCUGGCGCAUCAUCUCCGACGCCCCGAGACGCCGCUACGGCUGCGUCGGCGCCACCGCCUCCGGCGUCUUCUACGUCAUCGGCGGACUCAUCGUCGGCUCCUCCCCACGUGCCGGGAGGCUGGACGCGCACGUGUGGGCGGGCACGAUGGACACGUACGAGGUGGAGACGGGGGUGUGGGGGAGCCGCCGCGCCGCGUCAGUGCCCGGCGGUGGCUGCGUCGUCGGCGCUUGCGGCGCCGGCUCGCACGUGUACGUCCUUGCGAGCCACGCCGUCGAGGUCUCAUUCUGGAGGUGGGACGCCGGGAAGGGACGCCGAGGUGACUGGCUUCGACUUGAGCCGCCGCCGAUCACGGCACACCUUCGGCUCGGCGGCGCGGCGAGGUUCUGCUGUUCCGCGCUGGGACAGGAUAAGAUCGUGGCGUUAGUCCACGUGUCGUCAGAUGCUUCGCGGAGAAGGGGAUCAACGGACGGGGUGGUGCUAGUCUACGAUAUCGUGAAGGGUGAGUGGAACCGGGGGCCGGAUCUUCCGGUUGGGUUCCGGCGAGCGGCUUUGGCUUGCGUUGAGUGCUAA